GCAACACUGCCGACAACAGACAGUGCUGGGUUGAAGGGUUUGACAUCAAGACUGCUUACGAGGAGUCGAUCCCGGAUACGGGCGUGACUAGAGAGGUUGGUUGACGCGCGUACUCUGAGGGUUACGCCGUGCUAACAAGUUGGACAGUAUGACUUGGUUCUCACCGAGCACACCUCUUUCCAAGGUCAAGAUGGCAUGGCCAAGAACACGGCGAUGUUGAUUAAUGGUGGCUUCCCUGGCCCGAACAUCAAGGCAAAUUGGGGUGAUAAGAUCAAAGUCAGGGUCGUGAACAAUUUGAGAACGAAUGGAACCUCAAUGCAUUGGCACGGCCUGCGAAUGCUGAACAACAAUCAGAACGAUGGCGUCAACGGUAUCACUGAGUGCCCCAUCCCGCCAGGAGCCAGCAAGACCUACGAGUGGCGUGCCGAGCAGUAUGGUUCAUCAUGGUACCACUCGCAUUUCUCCGACCAGUAUGCGAACGGCAUUGCCGGUACUAUUCAGAUAGACGGACCUACCUCCAAGAACUACGACGAGGACCUCGGCACCUACUCCAUCACGGAUUGGUACUACAAGUCUGCCGACGAGAUCCGCUCCACCUUCACUGCCCCUGCUGCCGUUCCCGCCAGUGACAACAUCCUCUUCAACGGCACCAACAUCAACAAGAAUGGCGGUGGCAAUUACUCCCGCGUGACGCUCAAGAAGGGCAAGUCCCACAAGAUCCGCCUCGUCAACAUGUCCGUCGACAACACCUUCAUGGUGAACCUUGUCGGUCACAAGAUGACGGUGACGGGGACCGACUUUGUCCCUGUCAAGCCCUUCGAGACAGACUCACUCUACCUGACUGUCGGCCAGCGCUACGAUGUCAUCAUCGACGCUGACCAGGACGCCAGCAAGGCAUACUGGUUCAACGUCACCUUUCCGUCCAACAGACUCUGCGGCACGUCCAACAUGAAUAAGCCUGCUGCCAUCUUCCAGUACGAGGGUGCGGCAAACGGCCUCAUGCCCAAGGAUGCUGGCAAGGCGCCCACAGAUUCUCAGUGCCAGGACAAGACGGACUUUGAGCCCAUCUACAGCGUCGACGUCAACUCUACAUCGUUCGCCAAGACCCAAGAUGAUACUCUUGACAUCACCGUAGACACGAGCAGGACUACCGGCACUCAGCAGGUUUUCUGGAAGGUCAAUGGUCAGAACAUGGACAUCAACUGGGACCAGCCGACGCUUUCUUACCUCGCUAAGAAUAGCACCGACUACCCCGACAACUACAACGUCUUUGAGGUUCCCGCCGACAAUGCUUGGGCAUUCUGGGUCGUCGAGAACCUGUUCCCCGCCCCUCACCCAAUGCAUCUCCACGGCCACGACUUCUACAUUCUAGGCCACUCGGAGCCGGCCUCCAGCGGCCGCGGCGACGGCGUCCGCUUCAACGCGCAGACCGACGUCUCCAAGCUCAACUUCAAGAACCCGACUAGGCGCGAUGUGACCACCCUCCCCGGCCGAGGCUGGCUCGUCGUUGCCUUCAAGACGGACAACCCCGGCGCGUGGCUGUUCCAUUGCCACAUCGCGUGGCACGUCAGCCAGGGUCUGUCUGUGCAGUUCCUGGAGCAGACUGACAAGAUCAUGGAUACCGUCCGGGCUCAGGAUAUGGAUGACAUGUGUAAUCAGUGGCAGACGUACUCGAAGAAGGCUCCUUACCCCCAGACCGAUUCUGGUCUGCGUAAGCUCAAGAUGUAA